AUGUUCUUUAGGCCGUUGGCUCUACUAGCCUCCCUGAACUUCUCUUUCGCUGCUCAGGUCAUAUUUAGUCCAGCAAAUACUUCGAUAUCUUCCACUACUAUCAUUGAUGUUCUCAGCAACGAUUCUGACUACCUUUCACUCUUACAACUUAUUCAGCGAGCUCGUCUCGUUCCCACUCUCAAUCGGCUCAAUGACUGUACUUUAUUUGCUCCUACAAAUGAUGCUAUCAAGCGACAUUCACUUUGGAGCUCCAUCCUGGAAGAUUCUAGUUUGAUACUUCAGGACAACAUCCAGGAGCACCUCCGACAGCAGCUGUUCUAUCAUCUCCUCAACUACAGUAUUCCUCCAGAGUCAGAACCUUUGAAGGUUCACAAAACUCUCCAUUAUCCUCACGCUCCGGUUGAACCGCCUUCGAGAGAACCUCCGCCUCAUCCUCCCUGGAUGCCCAUACCAAGUGGCACUCUCGGUGGAGAGCCUCAACGGCUACGCGUUGGCACAAGAGAGGAAAACGGAUACGUCGGAGUUGAUGUUUUCUGUAACGGAGGCGCCAAGAUUGUCAAAGGCAACGUAACUGCAGAAAAUGGUGUGGUCCUCGGAAUUUCAGAAGUGCUUGAACCUCCUCCUAACCUGGGCACGUAUCAAGCUACCGUCCUAUCACAGCACUCCUCACUGUCAUUCUUCCAUAGAGUGCUCACGCCUGAAAUCAAGAAAUUUUUGAACUCAACUUCGGAGUUGACUUUGUUUAUACCAGUUGACGAAGCAUGGGAAGCCCUAGGUCAUUACGAACGCAUAUAUCUUGAGAGCAAGUAUGCGACGGAUGACCUUUUUCGUAUCUUGAACAUGCAUGCUGUCGUCCAAACAGGUGUCAAGUGGUCGGACUCUUUCGAGCCCGCAAUCAAUUUAACGACCGUUGAUGGAACAACAUUGGAGAUCGUGGUUCAUCCUGAAAAGACAACGAUCUCUACUGCGGACCUCAUCGAGCCCGAUAUAUAUGGCUCGAACGGGGUCCUCCACCUCAUUAACUCCCUUCUCAUUCCCGAAGGUGCUCUCCAGCUCACCCCGGAGAAAUACCUGCUUUCCCUAAACUGUUCCAGCUUUGUAUCCUUCAUUCACGAAACGGAACUGACUUACCUCAUCAAUGAUACUUCUUCCAGUUACACGAUCUUGGCUCCGAGCGACGACGUGUUAUCCAUUCUGUCUGACGGCGAACUUCCUGAACCUGGAUCUGAAGAGAUGAAGAGACUUCUUCGUUAUCAUUUCAUUCCUGGGAAAAUGACGACGAAGAAACUUCAUUCUGGAAUGCUCAUAGAGACAACCCUACAAGAGCCGGGUUUAGGUGGCGAUCGACAGGUGUUGCGGGUCGAGGUAGAUGAACAUCAGAAGGAUGAAGCAUGGAAAUGGCUGCGAUUCGGCGGGGCUAAGGUUUUGAGUGAACCUGUGGAAGUCAACAACACCUUGAUUUACUUCAUAUCCCGACCAAUUGUCCCGCCUUCCGAUGCCCUUGAAACCGUUCUUCCCAUGCUUGACUUUUCAAUGUUCAUUGCCGCUGUUCUAUCUACUUCGAUAGGAGACAAGAUUCGAAACGCUGCGAGCACAUCUUUGCUCAUACCCCCUAAUUCUGCGUUUGAUCGGUUGGGCUUGCUUGUCAGCGAGUACUUACUGGCCUCUUCUUCCAAGCCUGAUCUAGAGAAUGUCCUUCUUCACCAUGUUUUGAGCUCCGUUCGUUAUUCCGAAGCUCUGGAGAAUGGCACUCAGCGUACUUUUGCCUCCGCAGAAGGCUCAGACCUAACUGUUUCCCGGGAGGACAACGGAACAGUUUUUGUGAGUGCAAGUGGAGGCUGGGUCGGAAUGAAAUCGCGACUUCACACACGAAAUAUACUUACGCAAACUGGGGUGGUGCAUGAGCUUUCCGACAUAUUGAUACCUCGUUCAGUGAACUUGACCGUCGGAAAGCUCAUGAAGGCGGCUAAGGGAAGUACAAUGAUCAGCAUGGUGACAAAGGCAGGUCUUGAUUGGGUACUCAAUGGUACUUCGCCUCCAGAGGACUCUCAAUGGGCCCAGCAAGGCUUUGGCAAAGCUGGCUGGGUACUGCUCUGCCCCAGUGAUAGUGCGUUUGGGCAGUAUAACUUGACCGAAUUAUACGGAAACAAAGAGAAACUAAUUUCGAUCGUCGGCCAGCAUCUCAUCCCUCUGCCUUCGCAAAGCAACAAGUUAAUUGCUGCACCCUUGGAUGAUGAUCCGCUGUACAACAAUCGACCUCUUGUUCUUGACGAUUCUGUCACAUACUCUACACUGCAAUCCGCAUCUUCUGUUUACGGAGACCUUGUUUUCAAGCAAUCGGAUGACGCUAAGGGCGGCUACAUUGUUGGUAUCAAGGGCGCUCGUGGAACAGACAAGCAGACAGAUUGGGCUAAUGUCAUCUCAUGGGGCCGCACCACUACCACCGGAGGCGGGGGUGUUAUACGCAUCGAUAGAUUGUUCAUGCCGUACUAUCCCUCGUGGUGGACGGAAUACGGAAUGCCGGUAGUCGUCGGAGUGCUAGGCGUGUUUGCGAUAUGUGGGUUUUUCUACUGCAGUGAAGCAGAGCCAUCGGUAACAACGGCAGUGUCAGCGACAGCAGACAAUGUCAAGGCCUUUGUGGCCGGAGGAUUUGGAGGAGUCUGUGCUGUCCUUGUCGGUCACCCAUUCGAUUUGACCAAAACGCGUUUACAAACUGCACCGUCUGGUACAUACACCGGAGCAAUAGAUGUAGUGAAGAAGAUACUAGUAAGAGAUGGUGUUUUAGGAGUCUAUCGAGGCAUCGUGCCCCCUCUCUUGGGUGUAACGCCGAUAUUUGCUGUGUCAUUUUGGGCAUACGACGCGUCCAAGAAGCUCAUCUCUGCGCUCACCAAAAGUGAUACGUUAUCUACUACCCAACUUGCUGCCGCAGGAUUCCUCUCCGCAGUUCCUAGCACAGCUGUGACCGCUCCGGUGGAGAGAGCGAAAGUUCUAUUACAAGCAUCGUUGCAGGUACAAGGACAGGGGCUGUCAGAGCAGAAAUACAAGGGCGUAACUGGGGUCUUACGGCAUAUGUAUCAGGAAGGGGGCCUCCGCAGUGUUUUCAGAGGCUCUGGGGCGACAUUAGCGCGGGAUGGACCCGGAAGUGCAGCUUACUUUGCCGCAUAUGAAGUAACGAAAAAGGCGUUGACACCAGCUGGUUCUUCACCCUCCGAUCUCAAUUUGGGGUCCAUCAUAUGUGCUGGAGGGGUUGCAGGAGUUGCUAUGUGGUCGUUGGCUAUUCCCCCAGAUGUCUUGAAAUCUAGGAUUCAAGCCGCUCCUAAGGAUACUUAUUCAGGAAUCCUUGACUGCGCAAGAAAAACCAUCGCACAGGAUGGUGUUGCGGCUUUGUGGAAGGGAUUUGGCCCCGCAAUGGCUCGUGCUUUUCCUGCAAAUGCUGCAACUUUCCUCGGUGUUGAGCUUUCGAGAAAGCUACUAGAUAAGGUCAUGUAA